UAUAAACAGCGAGUCGCGUCUCCUCCAAAUUAAACUGCAGGCAGAUGACGAGAACUAAUGAUCAGCUGAUGAAGAAAUGGAUGGCGACGAUGAGCUUGGUGGCGGCGGCGGCGGCGGUAGUCCUACACAACGCGGCAGUUGCGGCGGCGAAGCCGCAAGUGCCGUGUCUCUUCCUGUUUGGGGACUCGCUGAUCGACCCCGGUAACAACAACGGCAGGAAUACGAUUGCGCAGGUUGAAUUCAAGCCCUACGGCAUCGAUUUUCUGUUGGGGCCCACGGGGAGAUUCUCCAACGGCAAAACCAUAGCUGACAUCGUCGCUGAGCUUCUAGGGUUUGAGGAAUACAUUCCGUCGUUUUUGGAAGCUCGUGGCCAACAGAUACUGAGGGGAGUCAACUAUGCAUCUGCUGCUUCUGGAAUCAGACCAGAAACCGGCUACAAUUGGGGCGAGCGGAUUACUUUCGACGAGCAACUGGACAACUUCAAAAUCACGAUGACACAACUGGAGAACAUGGUCAGAGAUGUACCAAGUUACUUGAACAAGUGCAUAUUCCUAUGCGAAUUAGGCAACAACGACUUCCUCAACAACUACUUCCAGCCUACAUUUUACAACACCAGUAAACUCUACACACUCGAAAAUUACACCUCUAUUGUUAUCCAACGAUAUUCCGAGCAACUCCAGAUUCUGUACAACUUCGGAGCUCGGAAGCUGGCUCUAGUCGGCGCUGCGCCGUUGGGCUGCAUCCCGUUCACAUUGGCGAUCAGCAGCACCGACGGUCGAUGUGUGGAAGCCACCAACCGAGCAAGCCUGAUGUUUAACGAACAACUCAAAGCAAAGAUCGAUGUUUUCAACGCCGAUUUUCCCGAGGCGACAUUUACGUACAUCGACGGUUAUAAUCCCAUCAACGAUGUGCUCACCAACCCCGCAGCUUACGGUUUCCAAGUGAAUAACAAGGCGUGCUGUGGGCUGUCGUCGGUAAUAUGUCUCCCAAACGACGUCGUAUGUUCAAACAGAAGUGAAUACGUGUAUUGGGAUUUCGCACAUCCCUCAGAAACUACAAACAUAUUGUUGGCAAGAAGAGUAUACGAAGCUGAGAAGCCAACAGAUGCUUAUCCCUAUGAUCUUCGCCGCUUGGCCCUACUUUGAAAGCCAUCAUCAUGGAAUUAAUGCUCUCUUAAUUUUUCAAAUUAAUGCCUCUUGCAAUUAGUGCUACAACUAGCUUGUGCUUCCCACCCUUUUAUAUUCACACUGAGGAAAUGAAUGAUGCUCUCGUUUUCAAUUAAUUAAUGUACGGGGUCAAUAAAAUCUACUCAUGCAUGCCAUGCAUGAUUUCUUU